AUGUUUACGACUACAGGAAAACUUGUGUAUUCUGUGAAGGUCAGCGAGGCCAAGAAUAAGGACGACACGGGGACGUACAGGAACCCCCAGUAUAAGGACAAACUGGUGGCCAACUUCCAAGAUAAGCCAUUGAACAAUGUGUGGGAAUUGUUUGACGGGCUGGUAACGAAGUACAAGGACCGAGAUUGUUUUGGCACUCGAGUGAAGAUGGAUAAUAAGUUUGGGCCAUACAAAUGGAAGUCAUUCUCGGAAGUAAAGGAAUUAGUUUUAGCAGUAGGAUCAGGUUUAGUGAAUACGAAUGCAUGUCCAAUGAUCAGAUGUGAUGACACAAAAGUAACGAGGGCAAGAUUUCUAGGGUUCUACAUGCCAAACUGUGAAGAGUGGAACAUUUGCGAUUUGAGUUGCAGUGCAUUUAACAUAGUAACAGUGCCAUUGUACGAUUCAUUAGGUAUAGAAUCGAGUAAAUUUAUUCUAGAACAGACUUUAAUGCAGACAAUUAUUUGCAACAAAACAUGUGCCAUGAAUUUGUUCAAGUCGCUGGAUACGUGUGAACGCAUCUAUUUAAGAAAACUGAUUUUGGUGGAGAACGAAGCAGAUGCAGAUGUCAAAGAGGCCUGUGAAGAAUACGAGCUAGAAAUUAUCCUGUGGAAAGAUCUAAUCGCAGCUGGGAAGAAGAAGUUACAACAACCGAGACCAGGCAAUUUAAAGGACGUUGCAUGUAUAUGUUACACAUCUGGAACUACGGGAUACCCCAAAGGGGUUAUAAUGACAAACGGAAAUUUCAUAGCUCAGCUAGCUUCCUCCAUAACAGGCCCUUCAAGAUUGCCCCUUUUGGAUAUAAACGAAAAUGACACCCACAUUUCGUACCUACCACUGGCCCAUAUAUAUGAAAGAAUUAUGAUGCUUGUUUUUUGUGCACAAGGGGUGAGAACUGGUUACUACGCAGGGAAUGUGCAAACAUUAGUGGAAGACAUUCAAGAGUUGAAGCCAACUUUGUUUAUUAGCGUGCCGAGAUUGUACAACCGAAUCCACGAAAGGAUAUUUAAUUCAUUAAAAAAAAAAUCAUCAGUGGUUCAAUCUGUGUUCAAUAAGGGGCUGGAACAUAAAAUAAAAAAGCUAAACAACAAUGGUAUUCCUUAUCACUUUUUCUGGGAUAAACUGGUUUUCAACAAGGCCAAGAAAAUCCUUGGAGGAAAUGUUCGAGCUAUGUUGAACGGAUCGGCACCUAUAAGUCCCGAUGUAGUAAAGAAAUUGAAAUCCGUUUUCUGUGCACCCAUAUUUGAAGGGUAUGGAAUGACAGAAACACUUGGUCCAGCAUUCAUUUCGCACAGUACAGAUGUGAAUAUAGGCCACAUAGGGGGUCCUGUUCCCUGUGUUGAAUUUAGAGUUGUGUCCGUCCCGGAAAUGAACUACCUAGUUACGGAUAACCCACCUAGAGGAGAACUACAUUUGAGGGGACCAGCUAUCACCAAUUUGGGUUAUUUCAAACUGGAACAGGAAACGAACGAUUUUAUUGACGAAGACGGAUGGAUAAGGACAGGUGAUAUUGUAUCGUUUAGUGAAAAUGCGUCCAUCACCAUUAUUGAUAGGAAGAAAAACAUUUUCAAAUUAUCACAAGGAGAAUAUAUCGCAGUGGAGAAAAUCGAAUCCGUUUACAAGCAAUCACUUUACAUUAGCCAGAUCUUCGUUUUUGGAUACUCGUACGAAUCUGUGCUUGUUUGUGUUGUGUGCCCCUCCUUGGAUACCAUUGAGAUAUGGAAGAGUAAGAAGAAGAUUACUAAGACGCAUGAGGAGGUGAUGCAGAUGCCCGAGUAUAAGAAGGAUGUAAUAGAUGAUCUGAUCAAAAUGGGCAAGAAGGAUGGGUUGAAGGGGUACGAACAGAUUAAGGACGUGUACUUUGCUACGGAACCCUUCACCAUCGAAAAUGAUUUGCUCACACCGACGGGAAAGAUCAAGAGGCACGCUGUGCAGAAGAAGUACAAGGAGCAGAUCGAUAAGAUGUACAUGCAGUUGAAAGCGGCGGCUUGA